AGCUGGAGCCGCCUCCCGGGCCAGUGGCGUAGCCGAGUCGGCGUUCGGCCGGCGGUGCGGAGAGUACGGGACCCGGCAGGACCGAGCGGGGGGCCAUGGAGAAAGCGGCCCGCGGCUCCGCACACACCGACUAGAGCCGGCGUCCGCCGCCGGCGCCAUGGACCGAGCGCCGGCUGAGCAGAAUGUUAAGCUUUCCGCUGAAGUAGAGCCAUUUAUUCCCCAGAAGAAGAAUCUGGACGCAUUUGUGCUCCCUAUGGCUCUCCCAAAUGAUAAUGGAAGUGUUUCUGGUGUUGAACCAACGCCGAUCCCCAGUUAUCUGAUUACCUGCUACCCAUUUGUCCAGGAAAACCAGUCCAAUAGACAAUUUCCUCUAUAUAACAAUGAUAUACGAUGGCAACAGCCCAGCCCGAGCCCUACAGGUCCCUACCUUGCCUACCCCAUUAUAUCUGCUCAGCCACCUGUGUCCACAGAGUACACCUAUUACCAGCUGAUGCCAGCACCCUGUGCCCAAGUUAUGGGCUUCUAUCAUCCUUUUCCUACACCUUACUCCAGCACUUUCCAGGCUGCAAACACUGUCAAUGCUAUAGCCACAGAAUGCACCGAGCGUCCAAACCAGCUGGGACAGGCCUUCCCAUUGUCCAGUCACCGGAGCCGCAGUGGUAACAGAGGGCCAGCAGUGCCAAAACCACAGCUUUUACAGCAACAUAUAAAAAACAAAAGACCACAAGUGAAGAAUGUGGCUACUCAGAAAGAAACAAGCGCAGCAGGUCCUGAUAGCCGAUCGAAAAUUGUGCUUCUGGUAGAUGCUUCCCAGCAGACUGAUUUCCCAUCAGACAUUGCUAAUAAGUCUCUCUCAGAGAGUACAGCCACAAUGCUCUGGAAAGCCAAAGGCAGGAGGAGGAGAGCAUCCCAUCCUGCUGCUGAGUCCUCCAGUGAGCAGGGGGCCAGCGAAGCUGACAUCGACAGCGACAGUGGCUACUGUAGCCCCAAGCACAAUAACCAGCCUGCGGCAGGAGCGCUGCGGAAUCCUGAUUCUGGGACGGUGAACCAGGCGGAAUCAUCAGGCUGUACAGGUGGUGUCAACUGGCCAAAAGUAACUUGCCAGGCAACCCAGAAAAGACCCUGGAUGGAAAAACACCCAGCAUUUUCUAGAGGGGGAAGGCAAACUGAACAAAGAAAUAACUCACAGGCUGGAUUCAGAUGCCGAGGACAUAGUACUUCCUCCGAAAGAAGACAGAGUUUGCAAAAGAGACAAGACAAUAAGCACCUAAACUCUGCUCAGUCUCAUAGAAGGGACCUAAAUUCUGACACUUUAUAUUUUGAGGAUGAAGAUGGGUUUCAAGAACUAAGUGAGAAUGGAAAUUCUAAAGAUGAGAAUAUUCAACAGAAACUUCCUUCAAAAGUAUUGGAUGACUUACCUGAAAACUCACCCAUCAAUAUAGUUCAGACUCCAAUUCCCAUUACCACGUCAGUUCCCAAACGAGCCAAGAGUCAAAAGAAGAAAGCACUAGCUGCAGCCCUUGCCACAGCACAAGAAUACUCAGAAAUAAGUAUGGAGCAAAAAAAAUUGCAGGAAGCUUUAUCAAAAGCAGCUGGGAAAAAGAAUAAAACCCCUGUACAGCUAGAUUUAGGGGACAUGCUAGCUGCUCUGGAGAAGCAACAGCAAGCAAUGAAAGCACGCCAGAUCACCAACACCAGACCACUGGCGUACCCAGUCGCCACCGCAGCUGCUUUUCACACGAAAGACUCUGCUAACAGAAAGCCUUUAGCCAAAAGUCAGCCCUGUUUGACGUCCUCUAAUUCUCUGGACAUUACUUCCUCUAAAGCAAAGAAAGGAAAAGAGAAGGAAAUUGCAAAGCUAAAACGACCCACAGCACUCAAAAAGGUUAUUCUGAAAGAAAGAGAGGAGAAGAAGGGACGUCUGACUGUGGAACACAGUGUUUUGGGAGCCGAGGAGCCAACAGAAGCACAUUUGGACCUCGCCAGUGACUUGCCUCAGGAGACCAUCUCCCAGGAAGAUACUGGACUGAGCAUGCCCAGUGAUGCUUCACUUUCUCCAGCAAGUCAGAACUCUCCGUACUGUAUGACACCUGUGUCGCAAGGCUCUCCUGCUAGUUCCGGCAUAGGCAGCCCAAUGGCAUCGUCAACCAUAACCAAAAUCCACAGCAAAAGAUUUCGAGAAUAUUGUAAUCAGGUUCUCUCUAAAGAAAUUGAUGAAUGUGUGACUCUCCUUCUGCAAGAACUUGUCAGUUUCCAGGAGCGCAUCUACCAGAAGGACCCUGUGAGAGCCAAAGCCAGGCGGCGGCUGGUCAUGGGGCUGAGGGAGGUCACGAAGCACAUGAAGCUGAACAAGAUCAAGUGCGUCAUCAUUUCCCCAAACUGUGAGAAGAUCCAGUCAAAGGGUGGCCUAGAUGAGGCCCUCUACAAUGUCAUCGCCAUGGCCCGGGAACAGGAGAUUCCUUUUGUGUUUGCCCUUGGAAGGAAAGCUUUGGGACGCUGCGUGAACAAGUUGGUUCCUGUUAGUGUCGUGGGAAUCUUCAACUAUUUUGGUGCUGAGAGCCUAUUUAAUAGAUUAGUGGAGCUCACCGAGGAAGCCAGGAAGGCGUAUAAAGACAUGGUCGCAGCAACAGAGCAGGAGCAGGCAGAGGAAGCCUUGAAGAGCGUGAAGACAGUGCCUCACCACAUGGGCCACUCUCGGAACCCCUCUGCAGCCAGCGCCAUCUCCUUCUGCAGCGUGAUUUCUGAACCUAUUUCGGAAGUAAAUGAAAAGGAAUAUGAAACUAAUUGGAGAAGCAUGGUGGAGACUUCAGAUGGCUUGGAAACAUCAGAGAACGAGAAAGAGCUUCCCUCUAAGCAGGGCCCUUCUGAAAAGCCUAGCAAACUUGCGCUCGACACAACCCUUGUGAGGAAGCAGCAGCUGCCGGCUGCAGGCAGCGCUACCUCAGCGCCAAGCCAGGGGAAGCCCCUAAGUGACAAGGAUGACCUGGAGUGGGCCUCCCAGCAGAGCACCGAGACGGGCUCCCUGGAUGGCAGUUGCCGAGAUCUUUUGAAUUCCUCCAUCACCAGCACCACCAGCACUCUUGUUCCUGGCAUGCUUGAAGAAGAGGAUGAUGAAGAAGAGGAAGAGGAGGAAGAUUAUACUCACGAACCCAUAUCAGUAGAAGUGCAACUCAAUAGUAGAAUUGAGUCCUGGGUCUCAGAGACCCAGAGGACUAUGGAAACCCUUCAGCUCGGCAAGGCCCUUCCCGGAUCCGAGGAAGACAAUGCAGAACAAAGUGGAGAGGAAUCAGCAGAAGCCCCUGAGGGACUGGAGUCGGGGGCGGAUGGUGAGACCUGGACCCCUGACCAGCAGCUGAAGCCCAGCAUCUCCGUGAACAAAGAGCACUCUGAUUCCAGUUCUGCUCCCCCAAAUCUGUAACUCAGGAAGUGUCAGCGUCUCCAGCCGUGUCUGGCUGCAGCCAUGUCCCUGACGCUCCAUCUCAGCGUUUCCCACUGUCCAGUCGUUGACUGUUUUUAAUUCCCAACAGACCUUUUGUAGCUUCCACCUAUUUUGUUACCAUCUCUAGCUUCGCUCCUAACUAGUGUCCGUUUCUGAGAAUUGUGGAGACAGUUCAGACUUGUUUCAACUACUUCGUAAUGAAAAAUAAUGAUUAAAGAAAGAAGACCAAAUUCUAAAGAAAAAAAACAGACAGCUAAUGGCUGUUUAAGGUUAUUUACAAACUAAAGACAGAUUAUAAGGACCAGUAUUUGCUGAUUCCAUCUCCUUCAGGGUGAUUUUUGUCUGUUGGAGUUGUGGAAGCUGCUUAUGAAAAGUGAUGGAGGUAGGUCAGGGACUUAAAGUCAAGGGCAGCGAGGCUGCUCAGCGCUCUGCAUUAAAAAAUGGGUGCAGAUUUUACUUGGUCCACAGUGCUUGUUUCCGAAGCUGCUGGUCAUUGUAACCACAGAAGUCGGGAUGGGCUGAAACAGCCUGCAGGAGUUAGGCAGGCACCGGAGUGUUACCACGCUGGCCACCUUUGUAGAAAGGGAUAGAUGUUUGUAAGAGCAGACAGUCACCAUGGUGCGCCUUGCCAGGUUCUGUCUACUUCUUGCCUCUCACCUCAGGAAUGCUCGUGUACAUAGUAUGUAAAGCUAGGCAGAGGCUGACGGGUGAACAGUCUACAGGUUUGUCUUCACAGCAAUUCCCUGAGGACAUCCAGAAGCAAGGCUGUCCUGCUGGGUUCUACUGCUUGCUUUUGCCUUAAGACCCUCGUGUUUUGAGGCGUGGUUCUGUUUGCAUAUUCAAACAAAUCCACUUUGUAAGUCAUUUCAUCUUUUUUUAAAAUGCACCUUCCUCAUGGCAAGAAUCACAGUUACAGGAAGUCAGGGAAAGGCCUUUUGCAGUUUGUGACUUGUUUGGAUCAGGCUUGGAAGAAGCUGUAGAAGAAAAGAGAAUUCAUUCUUCAGAUGAUUUAUCAUAUGCAGAUAUAUGCAGAAAUUAAUUUUAUUCAUGGUUAUCUAUCUCUGUCCUUCUCUAGGAGUGUGGGGGGGGGGGAGAAUCUUAACUUAAUGAGCUGUUUCGUUUGCUGUCCAGCCAUCACCUGAAUUCCUUUGUCUUCCAAGUCUCUGUAAGAUGGAAAAUCGUACAUCACCCGUCUUUUGUC